CAGAAGUUUAGUGUGCGACUACUACAAGUUUGCUGGUUGGAUUUCUGUGAGUUCGCGACAAGAUGGAGAGCGUCUGCGUGGAUGAACUGAUCCUGAAGCUUCACGACGUGAACGCGGUGAAGUUCGGAGAGUAUAAACUGAAGAGCGGCUUGAUGACGCCCAUUUACAUCGACCUGAGGGUGCUGGUGUCCCAUCCCGCGCUCAUGAACCAGGUUUCAAGUCUCAUAUACCAGAGGGUCCUGGAUGAGGAGCUGCAGUUUGACUCUGUGUGUGGCGUUCCUUACACUGCUCUACCUUUGGCCACUAUUAUCUGCUCCAGACAUGAACUUCCUAUGCUCAUCAGGCGCAAGGAGGCUAAGGACUACGGAACCAAGCGACUGGUGGAAGGGUCGUAUCGUGACGGGGAUAUAUGUCUGGUCAUCGAAGAUACCGUGACCAGCGGCAGCAGCAUCCUGGAGACGGCAGAGGUGCUCUGUAAAGAGGGUCUGAAGGUGACAGACGCCAUUGUACUAAUGGACCGAGAGCAAGGUGGAGUGGAAAUGUUGGCCUCUCGAGGAAUCAAACUCCAUCCUGUCAUCUCCAUGUUCAAGCUGAUCAACGUCCUGUUGGCAGCUGAGCGCAUCAGUGCCGAAACCGCUCAGAAUGUCCGCAAGUUCAUCCUGGACAAUAACACAUUCAGCUCCAAAAAGGAGAAUGGAAAUGACACUCCUGCUGCCAAGAAGCCAUGUGUGGAACAAAACCAGCAGCUGACCUAUAUGGACAGAGCCAAGCUACCAAACAUUCACCCUCUGGCAUCCAAACUUUUGACGAUCAUGGAGGAGAAGCAGUCCAACCUGUGUGUGUCUGCUGACCUGACCUCCAGCGAGGAGCUGCUCCAGCUGGCCGACUCUCUGGGCCCAAAGAUCUGCUUGCUGAAGACCCACGUGGACAUCCUGAAGGACUACACGGCUGCUUUCAGCCAGAAACUGCAGGCUGCAGCUGAGAAACACAACUUCCUCAUCUUUGAAGAUCGCAAGUUUGCCGACAUUGGGAACACGGUCAAGCACCAGUAUGAAGGUGGAGUGUACCAGAUCUCUUCCUGGUCUCAUAUAGUGAACGCCCACGCGGUGCCGGGGCCCGGGGUCGUGAAAGGUCUGAGCGCCGUAGGAAAGCCUCUGGGCCGAGGCUGUUUGCUCAUCGCACAGAUGAGCUCCCAAGGGUCGCUGGCUACCGGUGAAUACACAGCGGCCGUGCUGCGGAUGGCAGAGGAGCACUCAGACUUUGUCAUUGGAUUCAUCUGUGGCUCCAGUGUGACGAAGAGGCCAGAGUUCAUCCACAUGACCCCCGGCGUGCAAAUGCAGACUGGAGGAGAUCUGCUGGGCCAACAGUACUCCACCCCAGAGGACGUCAUCGCCAGCAAAGGCUCUGACAUCAUCAUCGUCGGCCGGGGUGUUUUGGAGGCGCCCGAUAGGCUGAAAGCUGCCGAGUCAUACAGAAAGUCGGGCUGGGACGCGUACGCAAAGCGAGUGGGCCGGGUUGGCCAAUAGGAAGCUCUGGAGCGACGUUUACUGCAGUCCGUUAAAAUGAAAAUUCUCUGAGGACCUGCAGGGCGAACUGCAGGGCUUCUCCAGGAAGUCCAGCUAGCACAUGGCUGUGCACACAGUGACCCUGCAGACGUGUGCACUGAACGUUACACUGAUGCAUCUAAAAGUGUGGCUGCACCCAGACGGCUACACAGCGUGGACGAUGAUUCCUGCCAUGUGGUUGAAAAUAUACAUAUAUAGUAGUACUUAAUUCUGUCCCGUCGCUGAGCAGUUCAAUGCCUCUUUGAUUGCUUCCUUCCAGAUUUCACCCGGUAGAUUAAAUCGGCAGCGAUCCAUCCAACCAGGCGUGAAGUGUGUCUUAAGAACUUCUCAAACUGAUUCCUCAGGGCCGUUUAAUAUCCCGCAAAUGGAGAGUGGGUAAAACAUUUUUCACUAAGUUUUAUUUUGUGUUCCAUCCUGACUGAUUGAUUUUUGAAAAUAUAACAACAGUUUUGAUCGGUGUUCUUCAAAAUUACACGCUUUUGAUUUUACUGUACUGAAGCAAUGUAUAAAGAACAAGUAAAUUAUUUUAAGUUCCAUCCAUGAUAGUUUCUAAUGUGGAACAUUUAGUUGGCAUUAGAUUAGUGUUCACAGGUGAACAUAUAGCGUUCAGUUUUGUUAAAUUACCUGUAGUGUUUACCUGUGACCCUGCACCACAGUAAAUCCUUGCAACUUGCACCGUAACACUGUCUCUGUGUCAAACGUCCGUCCUGCUGCGACUGGAACUCCCGUCUGUGUCCCCCACACCAAGAUCAAGACUCAUUCCUAUGCUCCUAAAAAUAAAACAAAGUAAUUUUGUUACUAUCAUCUCUGAAGUCCAAUUUUAAAACAAACGUAUCACAAAGCCAGAAAAAUGACCCUCGGCUGCGUUUCUCUUCUACAAUAGGAGUCACCUAAACCUGCCAUCAGGAAGAGAAAAAGGUUGAAAAUAUUGUUCAAAUGCCCUUGUUGGAUGUUACCUGGCACACUAGGUAUAAAUGAACAAAAAGUUCAAAUGUGUGGAUUUUUUUUUUUAAUGGCAUUUUAUGUUGAAAAACCUGUAUCCUGUAUUUCCAGCAUAAAGAGUGUUUACUUUUGUUGACUGCACUAAUGCUCAAAACAAUUAGAUUUCUGAUUUAGUUUUUUUUUUUUUUUUAUCAUUGCUGUGACUCUCAUAAGCUGUGAAAUGACUUUUGAUUGGUGUGGUUGAGGUGAAAUGAGGGACCAGGCUAACUGCGGAGGGGUUUCUUGCAGUUUUAUCAACCGCGGUUAUUGUUUUAUCAAUAUUGUUGCGAUUGAAAGCGGGUUGAAGCAAUUAUCUUGUUCGUGAACCGUCCCUGUGUUUUCAUAUAAAACAAAAUAAUCUAAACGGACUAAUAAGCUUGCUCACUGUGACAGUUUCUUUUGUAUGCAGGCUCAUGUUGAAAUCUGUGACCGAAGUCCUCGAUUGUUAUACCAGAGUUUCUGCUAGUUUACAAUGUUUUAUUCCCUCUGCAUUUACCUGGCCUAAUGUCGUGUUUGAUAACGCCUCUUUCCUUACACUUUUGGUUUCUUAAAAAAAAAAUGCAGUGUAUUUCUGUAAGGGAAACAUCAAUAAAUGUUUUGUUGAAAAUAGU